AUGCAUUCAGUUUCCACCCGCUUUCAGAGCGUGUUUGGAUUUCUGACAACGGUUGCUCUUGUGUUGGGCGCAAUUAUUGCCGCUUCGGAUUUCCUCCACCCAGCUGAGCCUACCACCAGCAUAAAGGUGUCGAACGUACAAGUGGUCAAGGGAAGGCCGCACUACUAUGCCUCGAGACGAGAAGAAUAUGCGCAAGUCAAGUUUGAUUUAGACGCUGACUUGACCUCUCUCUUCCACUUCAACACAAAGCAAGUUUUCGUCUACGUUCUAGCUUCAUACCCUUCUGCCUCAAACCAGUCGCAAACGACCGAAGCAGUAAUAUGGGAUAAAAUCAUUCCAGCUCCUGUAUCGCCUUACUCGCUCGAAUCCCUGAAGUCCCGAUUUUUCCCAGACGCAAAGGCAUUGAAGUCGAAACGAAAUAUCUCCAAAAGCAAGGCCAAAGCUAACACCCAGGAAAAUGUCGUACCUGGGAAACUAAAGCUCCGAAACCAGAAACCAAAAUAUCAGAUAACUGAUAUCUCGGGAUCAAUAGCGGAGAAGGAAGGGGUGACACUGAUCGUUGGAUGGAAUGUGCAGCCCUGGAUAGGCUCGUUACGGUGGAGCUCGAAUACAAACAUGGAGAAGAAUGUUGGCGGGCUUUUUGGAAAAUUGUUUCUUCAGAACGCUGGCUCUAAGGGAGCACUUAGCGGGAGGAGCAAACCAUUUAAUUUCCCGGCUUUGAAGAAGCCAGCUACUUCUUGA